CAACUUCCCUCUUUCCUCUCCGUCCUUAUCCUUCUCAUCCUUUAGAUUAUGCAACAAAAUAUAUUAGUAAAAUUAUUACCAGAAAAUUAAAUCCCCAAAUAUACUCUUCCUACCUUGUGAUCAUCUUUUUAAUUAUUGAUUAUCCAAUUCUUCUGCACCCUUUACUCCCCACCUGAGGACAAUAGUUGUAUUCUGCUCAGACAAUUCUUAUCUCGAAACAGAAAAAAUCUCUUAUUGCUUGAAAUUUGUUUUCUUGAAUGUUUUACAGGGGGUGCAUUGGCGCUAACGAGUGUAAUUUCAAUUGGGUUAUCAUUUUUAAAUUACUCUAACGUUUUUCUGGUGUAUUUGGUAAUUAGGGUUUCGUUUGAAUAUCUGCUACGGGAAGGGGUAUUUGCACUGGAUUGGUUGUAAGAGGAAGUUUUUGGCUUGGUGAAUAAGAAAAAUGUCGACACAAUAUCCGGUUCUGUAUGAUCGACCAAUCAAUAAGUGGAAGGUGGCUGAACUGAAGGAAGAGCUUAAGAGACGUAACUUGAUGACAAAAGGCUUGAAGGAUGACCUGGUAAGACGAUUGGAUGAAGCAAUUCGGAAUGAAAGGGCAAGUUUUGGGACAGAAACGUACAAGGAUUUUGAACCCAGCAAUAAUGAGCCUAAUAUUCCAAUACUGCAACCUCAUUCCGGGCAAAUUUCUGGGUUUGCUGAGAAUAAAUAUGUGAAUGAAGUUAAAGUAGACAACUUUGUCAGUGGGAUUCCGAUUGUUGACGAAACUAGUGAAGUAGAUCAAGCAAAAGCUACUGGUGGUUCUAUUUCUGUUCCAGCAUAUGUGGAAUCAGACGUUUUGUGUAAUGCUGUUGAUACCAGUAACAAUAAAGAUGAGCUAGUGUCAACACCAAUCGGUUUCAGUGAAUGUCCUGAAAGAGUAAUUGGAAACAGCGGACCUGCCAAGGGAAACGAGAUUUUGACAUCUGCACGUAAGGAUGAUCUGGACAAUGAAGGAAUCUUAGAGGCAUCUGGCAAAAGCAGCGGUAUUUUGAAUGAAGUUGUUGAUACCCACACUGCAUCUAUUAGUACAAAUACAAAAAAUGAGUCUGCAGAGUCAGGCAAUGAGGAGCUUGAGGUAGUACCAAUUGCAGGUAGUACCAUUGCACCUAUUAGUACAAGUACAAAAAAUGAAUCUGCAGAGGCAGGCAACGAGGAUCUUGAGGUAGUACCAAUUGCAGAUAGUGAACAAAACUCACAUAACUUUGGUCUUAAGUUGGAGAAUGAUUCUUUAAAGCCUUCGCAGAUGGAUGCCGAGUCUCUUGUCUCCUACUCAAGCAACCAGGUACAUGAGAUUAGCCCAAAUUUAGGGUUUCAAGUACAGUGUGAGUCAAUUAAAACUGAUAGUUUAUCUAAUUAUGAAAAAAAUGAAAUAAAGGAAAACUUAAAUGCUAAUAAUAUUCAAUUAGAACCAGAAGUUGUUAGGCAAGAGAUGGUACAGCCAUCAUCCAGCAAAGACCCUUCAGGUGGCAGCUUUUAUUCACUGGAUGAUCAAGUGCCAGAUGUGAAACCAGGUUCUGUUGUUGAAGCUGAUGAUGAUAAAUGUAGUGUGAAAAAUAUUGAGAAAAUUGAUAAUUCAGGUGAGGGUUCUGCAAUGGACCAUAUCCUGGAGAAUAGGACCAAAGAUGAACUAGCAGAUGAUAAUAAGUUCACUGAAGAGCCCUCUAGUGAAAAAAAAGAUUUGGAUGAUGUUUUCGGGGCUAAUUUGCCUACACAGAAUAUGGAAUCAUCUUAUGAGGAGAAAUUUGAGAUUGCUGCUUCUGCUGAGCAAAGAGAGUCACAAGAUGACCAAUCCUCAGAUGCAAAAUUUAUUGAGAUGACUGACAUGACAGAUGGAGAACCACUUGAAAAGAUAAAUCUAGAUCAGUCUUCAGCUGAUGAUUCCAUGGAAGAUGAUAGCUUGGAGGCAAGACAAGCCGACUCCGAUUCUGAUCCUAAGAAAGUUGGUGACAAGACCAAGCCAAAUGAAGAAACUGUUGCAAAAUCUGCUGGUGACAUUGAAGCUCCACAAGCUGAUAUUCCUUCUCAUACCCUGAAGUCAUCACAUGCAAAUAGUGAUCAAAUGGCUGAAUCGGCUGAGAAAAGAAAAUUUGAAGCAGUUGAAGCUGCACCAGAUAAUAAGGAACCUCGGAAGAGGCAGAGGAGAUGGAAUAAUGAAAGUGUGAAAAUUCCUCAAGCACAAAUCCCAGAUACUUCACUUUCUGCAACAUCAAAGACUGUGGUUCAGAGUGCAACAACUCCUUUUGUUGAUGGAUCUAACUCUGCAACUGGUAGAGAUGCCACCAAUGAACGUAUUGUGCCUCCAUCGGCGAAAACACCUACUAACUCCCUCCGCAUUGAUCACUUUGUUCGCCCUUUUACUCUGAAAGCUGUGCAAGAGCUCCUCUCCAAAACGGGUACAAUUUGCAAUUUUUGGAUGGAUCAUAUCAAGACCCAUUGCUAUGUGACGUAUGCUUCUACUGAGGAAGCCAUGGAGACGCGGAAUGCUGUUUACAAUCUUCAAUGGCCUCCAUAUGGGGGACGACUUCUGAUUGCAGAGUUUGUUGAUCCUGAGGAAGUAAAAUUGCAGGUAGAGGCUCCUUCACAAUCUGCAGCACCUGUAAACUCGACUUCAGUGAUGCCAUCGCAACCUCCCUCUAAGCAAUUGGCUCCAACACCUGUAAACCAACAGGAUGUAAGGCAGCAACCCCAUCGCUCAGAGCAACAGACCACUUCUGAUCCACCCACAACAAGGGAACGCUUGGCUCGGCCUCGUUCUCCGGUUGCUGCGACAGUUGAUCCACCAAUAGUCACUUUGGAUGACCUAUUCAGGAAGACCAAAACCACUCCACGCAUCUAUUAUUUACCAUUAACUGAUGAACAAGUUGCCGUAAAACUCAGCAGACGCAGAAAGUGACUAGUGAAUGGAGAUUGGCUUGUAGCGAGUUGAAACAGUUUGUGAGAACCUUUGCAUCUACUCCCAGCAUAUGGAAUUUGCGAGAGGCUAGCUAGCUUGUCAGUUGUCAUAGAUUGGUCGUUAAUAUAGUCAGGGCUAGUUAUUAACAAAUAGUUGCAGGUUUUUGUGUUUCUCCUCUAUAUUUUAGGCCAUAUUUUCUGUAACCCUUGAAUAACGCUGGAUAGGAGAGUUGCGCAGGCUUUGUUAUUUGUACACAGUGGUUGAUACUAGAUAACAACUUCUUGCUCGUGAAACAGUUUAUUAGAUGUAUGCCAAAACUGCUUCUUUCUUU